AUGACAAACCCAUCCGAUCCUUCGCAGCCAGCUAUCAAAGCCGAAAAUACACCUGAAAACACACUCCCAGAUGUAGACGUUGAUAUGGAAAACGCGACAAACGCGACGCAGCAAGAUCCCCUGGCGGGUGCGGGUGAUAGAAUCCCAGCUCCAGCUCCUGUUGCAGCAAGAAAAGAUAGGAACCUCCGCGAGUUCUUGGGAAUGAUGGAGGAAUAUGCGCCAAUCAUCCCAGACGCGGUAACAGACUACUAUUUGUCGCUUUCUGGUCUCUCCACUGCCGACCCACGGCUCAAGCGUCUCCUUGCCCUCGCAACUCAAAAAUUUAUCGCUGAUAUCGCCACUGAUGCGUACCAGUACUCACGCAUACGUCAAAACUCAUCAAAUGCUAGUGGUGUUCCUGGUAUCGGCGCCCUGAAUGUAGGCGCUGGGGGAGGUGCUGGAGGCGCGGGUGGUGGUACAGGUGGUGGUGGCUCCUUCAGACCCAUUGCAAGACCGGGUUUCGGAGGUGGUGGUGGUAGUGGCGGGAGUGCAGGUAGAACUGUAUUGACCAUGGAAGACCUUGGUAGUGCAGUCGGCGAAUAUGGCGUCAAUACUAGAAGACCAGAAUUCUAUCGGUAG